AUGCACGUGGCCCAAACCCAAGCUACACCACAACAUGAGAGUACUAUGGCACCGAGGGUGGCUCUGAGCCAAGAGUGCUCCCGGGCAUUGCUGGCAGACGUGGACACGUGCUUGCUAUUCGACUGCGAUGGCGAGCUCGGUGCAGAGAUGGCGGUGCCCUGCUUACCUGAGACGCCAAGGGCACUGAGGACCUGCGGGAAACGCCUGGGCUUCGUCACCAAUAACAGCAGCAAGACGCGCCAGGCCUAAGCUGACAAGCUGAGGCCGGGCUUCCGUGGCCCAGUGGUGCCAGACGCCAGGUCCGAGGUCCUAUUCACCGCCUACUGCUCCACGCUCGACCUGCGCCAGCAUCCGGCCUCCGUGUCCGGGCCCAAAGCCUGCGUGCAGGGCAGGGCCGCGGGCCCGCUGGCCGCCGAGCUGCAGACCUUGGGACUGGCCGUCUUGGGCGUGGGCCCGAGCCUGCUCCAGAUCUGCAGUCUGGCAGCCUGUCUCAACGCGCUGCUGGAGCCAGACCUGUGCGCCAUGGCGGUGAGCUUCCACCCUCCCUUCAGCUAUACCACCUUCACCAAGGCCAUGUGCUACCUGCAGCAGCCAGGCUGCCAGCUCGUGGGCACUACCUUGGGCAACCAGCUCCCUCUGGAGAACAGUGGCUUUGUCGCAGGCACCAACUGCCUGGUCCGCACAGUGCAGAUGGCUGCCCAGCGCCAGGCCAAUAUCGUCCAGAAGCCCAGAGUCUUCAUCUUCGACUGAUUGUCCCAGGAAUACAGCAUCGACCCAGAGCGCACCGUCAUGGUGGGUGACCGCCUCACAGACAUUCUCCUGAGUGUCACUUGCAGCCUGAAGACCAUCCUGACCCUCACGGGGGUUUCCACUCUGGAGGAUGUGAAGAGGAACAAGGAAAGUGACUGUCCAAGAAGAAAAUGCCCCCCCCCACACUUCUAUGUUGACAGCAUCCCUGACCUUUUGCCCAUCUUUCAAGGUUAA